AUGAAGGCGUUUAUGAAAAAAAUAACAAAUGAAAACGGAACGGAGGAAUGGGUCCUUUGUUCCGCAAAACAGAAGUUUGAAGGAAAGAUGCCGUACAAUGCCUUUUUUUGCAAGAAGCUGAAGGAAAUUUUUGGAGAUAAAUUUACAAGAAACCAAUCUUUUAGGAACGCGUCAGGAACCUCAACUGAUCAAUUGGCUUAUUGGAAUUGUAUUCAUAAAAAAAGAAUUUCGCUUCGUAUAAAAAAAGAAGAUUUGAAACCUUUGAAGGGAGGCCUGACAGGCUUUGAGGCAAGAACAUCAUGUAAACAAUGCAUUCGUCGAUCAAAAGUGAAUGAAAUGGGAACUGAAGAUGUUGUGGGCGAAGAUGUUGUGGGCGAAGAUGUUGUGGGCGAAGAUAUUGUGGACGAAGUUAUUGCGGAUGAAGAUGAAGAAAUAUUCAAUUCCCCGUUGACAGAAAAUGAAACGGUUGGAAUAUCUAAAGCACUUUUAGAUUUGCUCUCCUUCUGUCGACAACGCAUCGAUCACAUCGUAAAGGAAUCAAUGCUGGCUAAUUUAGAGCAAAUCAUAGCACUUGAUGAUAUACCCUCUCAAAUUCGUUGCUUCAUUGACACUAUGCCUUCUUUAGAGCUGACCUCAAGCGCAUUCGUGUUGUUUUGGAGCUUUGUUUCUAUCCUAAGCACCAGGCCUUUCUCAAAAGUUUUAAUCUUAAUUUUUAAAGUGGCAGCAAAUUAUUUAGACAAGCAUCGAAAGGGUUUGAAAGGUGCAAGCACUCUCGAUUCAAAAAGUUCUGAAGAGCAAAUCAAACAUGAACAACGAUACAAAACACUUCUUUCUAGGAUGAAGCUUUCUUCUCAAGCUAAGGAAGGUCUUUUCAAGAUAUUAGAGGGCGAAGAAAACGAUGCAGGUUCAUCAACAACUCCUACACAUUCAAAAAAUAUAAAAAAUCUAAAUCCAAAAAAAUCACAAUCAGUUCCACAAAAUCCUCAAUCUGAUGAUCCACAAAAUCCUCAAUCAUCAGUUCCACAACCAACAAUCAUCUCAAGUCCACAAUCACCAUCUAAAAGACGUCGUUCACCUCAGAAAUUAAAUAUGAAAAGAAAAAAAUUGAAUAACAGAAGCGAUGAUUAUUCAGCAUGA